UCAAAUUCAACUAUAAAAGUUUGCAGACGAUCGAAAUGCGACAUCAUUCACUUAUCGCUUCUUUGGCAAAGUCAUCCACCCACAAAAAACUCAAAAUGUUCAAAUUGGCAAUUGUUGUUUUGGCUGUUGUUGCUUGCGUUUGCGGCAAACCAGGGAUUGUUGCUCCAAUUGCUUACAGUGCUCCAGUUGUAGCCGCUGCUCCAGCCGUUGUUACCGCUACAAGCUCCCAGGUGGUUGCUCGCAAUUACAAUGGAAUUGCUGCUGCUCCAGUCGUUGCCGCCGCCCCUGUUGUAGCUGCUGGUCCAGCCGUAGUAACUGCCAAGAGCUCCCAAGUUGUUGCCCGUAAUUACAAUGGAAUUGCCGCCGCUCCAGUUGUCGCUGCUGCUGCCCCUGUUGCAUACACUGCCCCAGCAAUCGCUGCUCCAGUAGCUUACUCCGCUGCCAUUUCAUCCCCAUUUGCUCCUUUGACCUAUUCAGCCCCUCUUCUCCUAUAAUUUAUAAGAUGAUAAAAAUGGUACAAAGCUAAUUUAUGAGAUUGCAU